AUGACCGCCUUCCAGGGUACCAUCAUUGCGCCGAAUCAGGAUCAGCUUCUUCCGAUCCGAAGUGGGCACUCCUCAUCUCCCGAACGUGAAGAUGGAGGGUCGCAAUCGAAACUCGUUGUGUUCUCCUUGAAGAAUCGUCCACGGAUGACACGGACCAGCACUUCGAGAACACGCAAUGGCUGUAGACAAUGCAAACGCCGGCAUACGAAAUGCGACGAAACGAGACCAUCUUGUAAGAAGUGUGUGGCAAAGGGCCUAGUCUGCGACGGAUUGUGGGCGACAUCUGCCGCCAAGCCACAGCAAACUGCCGAGGCCCAGCCUCUCGUAUUGGUUGCGGCGGCUUCCACUUCGAGAGUCCCCGCGAUGCCGGGAUACGAAUCGGCUGCGUUCCGGAGUGCAGCAGACUGGGACUACUUUAAAGCAUUCAUCACCAUGUCCACUCAACAAGGGACACUCCCCGUCGUUGAGCUGAUUGAGCUCACUCCCCAGGUCUCCCGACAGCAUUCUGCCUUGAGAGACAUAUGCUGUGGUGUUGGUGCACUAUCCAGCUCCUACCAGGUUCUUGAUGGAGCCGAGUUUUUCGAAGCAACCCAGUACCGGAAAUCCUUAAUGUACUACCAUUCGGCCAUCAAAACCCUGCAAUCGAUCAAGCUGAAAGGAAGAGAGAGUAUGAAGUGGAUCAUACUUGCCUCCUUGCUCUUCCUCACAUAUGAGUUGAUGCAUGGUGAUUUGGAGACCGCAUUCACACACUUCAAUCAUGCUCAUAACAUGCUAGAGCAGUACUUCGCACGCAAAUGCAAAGAAACUGGACUGCCAUUCUCUGAGCUCCCGCUUGACAGGUUUGAGUCGGCAUUGUGCGAUGUUCUAACGCGUCUCAUCACUUACCCAUGGUCUUUUGAUAUGUCGACUUCCAAACCCAGGCUUGAUCCAGCCGUGACUUUUUGCUGCCGUGGCCGCGAACACAGGUAUCUGGUGGACGACAUGCCCAAGGAGUUUGAUACGGUCCUUGUGGCAUCAAGAUGGUGGGAUAUUACUCAACACUUCAUCCGGCAUCAUAUCCAUGGGCGGGGAAUCAAAAACAGUGGCAGAGACGGCAAGCUUCAUACGCCCUCCUCGGACGAUUGGACCAAGUGUCUGGACGUUGUGCUGAAAUGGCGCUCGAGUUUCCUCCCUUUGCUCCGACGAGGGCGAGAAGGCAAAGACACGGACUCUUCCCUGUAUCUGCAGGUCACUACUUUGGAAAUCCUCUACAUGGAGAAUGUAGCGUUUGUGCACAGCUGCCGGGAGAACGAUACGGCCGUGCAACCGUCCCUCAGUCCCCUCUAUCUUGACCUCGUCAAACAGACACAAUCUCUCUGCAAAGGCGUCAAGCUCGAUGGAAUCGAGACCAGGACGCUAGAGUAUUCGUUCCUGCGGCCUCUCGCGUUUGUCGUGUACAAGUGCCGGAACAGCGAGGUUCUGGAGGAGGUGGAGGAGACACUCAAAUACUUCAAAGACGACUCGGGGGCUGUCGGGGCGCUGAGGGCUUUGCUGAGCACGACGCAGAAUAGGGAGUUCCGUCUGAGGGCUGUUGAGCGAUCGUGGGCGUGGUAUAUCACCUGUGUAGGGUGUGGUUCGGGCAACCUCGACAUGUUUCGUUAG